AUGUCUACUCCUUCCGAGGGAUCCGGUAUGGAUUCGACUGAUCCUGGGGAGGGACCAAAUAUCACAUUCAAAGCCGAAAAUGAGGCCGAAGUCUACAGAUCGAGAUGGCUUUGGAGUCUGAGUCAAUUCCGGGAAGCUUUUAACGACUGGCAGAAUGGGGAGGAGGGUCAAACACAAGACUGGUGGAUAGCCUCGACUGCUAUACCACUUGUGGCUGCAACAACAGCCCCGUUGGCCAAUCUCAUGUCUGUUGUUGCGUUGGUGACUUCAUGGCGAAAUGAGGUCCAUCCCAAUCAACUCGAUAGUCAAGGGCGAACACUUCAAAUUGGCCUGGAGGACCCGAAUUGGUGUAUGGGCCUUAAUGCCUCGUCUUUGGCUUGUGGUGUGCUAGGCAAUCUGUUUCUCCUUUUCAAUUUCACGCAAAAGAUGCGGUAUAUCGUCGCUUUACCAGCCUCUAUAGGCUUAUGGUUUCUGGCUACUGGCAUUCUGGCUGGGGCCACAGCAUCUGUGCAUAUUUACGUCCCGGUAGUGCCACCACACCAGGUACUCUCUCAAGGCUAUUGGAGCGCCGUGAUAGCAGCCGUCCUCUACUUCAUCUUAGCUGUAAUGCUAAUGAUCAAUAUGUUGGGUUACGUUUUGGGCCAUUAUCCUCAACAUUUCGCUCUUACCAAUGACCAAAGAACGCUCAUUCUACAAACUACUUCCUUCAUGAUCUGGCUCGCCGUUGGUGCCGCUAUAUUUCAACGGCUUAUCGACAUCACAUUUUCUGAUGCUUUGUAUUUUUCAGACGUGACAGUGCUGACUCUGGGAUAUGGUGACAUCACCGCAGGAAACAACGUGGCGAGAGGGUUGAUUUUCCCAUAUGCAGUGAUCGGUAUUAUCAUCCUGGCUCUAAUUGUAGCGAGUAUCAGUCGAUUCGCACGAGAGCUUACUAACGCCAAUGUCGUGAAGAGUCAUCUUCAUCGGAAAAGAGCUGAAGUAUUGAAACGCUCUACUACUAUCGACGAGGAAUAUGAAAGAACUCAGAAUAGCUCCAGACGACAUAUCAAAGCUAAGAAGCACACUGGACAGCAUACACCAAUACCGAACAUCGUUUCUAAUCUAGUGACCCCUAAGAAGUCCAGAGCAUUAAUCAUGCGCGAGGAAAAGGACCGGUUCAACGCCAUGAGAGCUAUACAGGAUGAAACAUUGAGGUUUCGCCGCUGGAUGUCUCUUUUUAUGAGCCUCGUCGCUUUUGCCAUUGUAUGGUGCGGAGGAGCGGGCAUCUUCUCGCGACUAGAGGAAAUCUCCUAUUUUGACGCGUUAUAUUUUGGAUUCUGCUCUUUGCUCACCAUCGGUUAUGGAGAUAUCACAAUACAAACUAAUGGCGGACGACCUUUCUUCAUCGUUUGGUCUCUCAUCGCCAUACCAACAAUGACAAUCCUAAUCUCCAAAAUGAGCGACACUAUUCUAGCCGGCGUCGACAAUGCGACAAAUUACAUCGCCGAUUUCACAUUGCUGCCUAAAAAGGGCCGAUAUGUUGAAUUUGUGUCACAAUUCCCCAUAGUCAGAGACUGGCUCGAGAAACGAGCAGAAGAAAAACGUGUUGAGCAAGGGUUUACCGUCGGGGAACAGGACCCCGAAAACGUUGAUCAAUCGACUGCUAGGAAAAAGUCGGCUGCUGGUUAUGAACGUUUUCAGCCUCCCCCCCGAACGAUUCAAGAACUAGAGAAACACCGCCGAUCGCCACCUACCCUUGCGCGAGACCUCGUAUUCUCCAUUCGCCGAGUUACGCAAGACGUGGUCUCUGGCGAUAUCAAACGAUACACAUACGAAGAAUGGGUAGAAUUCACACAAUUGAUCCGCUUCACCAAUCCGAAUACAUCACAACAAGGCUCAGAAAUCGACCUGGACGAGAACGAAUGGGGUCUGGUAGAGUGGGAUUGGAUGGGUGAGAAUAGCCCCAUGAUGGCGGAACAGACGGAAUCCGAAUGGGUUUUGAAUCGUCUGACGGAGAGUUUGCUGCGGUAUAUGGCCAAGGUAGAAUCACAACAUGAGGGAGAAUCCCAUCAGCAACAUCGUCUAUCCUUUCGUGGUGAAUAUUGGAGAAACUAUUCUGGACGUGCUGGGUCUUCGUCGCGCUUGAGGAGUCAGAAGACGGCUAGUGAGCCAGCAACUAUCUAA